AUGUGGUGUAUGGUGUUCCAGCCAUCCAGAUGGCCAUGCCGCAUCGUCCAGACAUUGCAUCGCAGGCCAUGCAAGUGGCAGCAGCAACAGGACAGCCUCUUCUGGCACCUGCACCCAUGCACACUCAGUUCACAGUGGCCUACAACCCGCAAGGCCACAUUACUCCUCAGCCUUAUCAGCAGAUGGUAAGGAUGGUGACGCAGCAGGGCACGGGAAUGGUACCGCUGGGCGCUGUGCCGACGUCCAUUAGCUACCACCACGAGUCGCCCGGCCCGCAGGCGCCGCAGCCGCACCAGUUACAGUACAUGUCGCCGGCGCCAGCCGCGAUGGGCCCG